GUACGACUACAUCGAGAUCCGGGACGGGGACAGCGAGGCAGCAGACCUGCUGGGCAAGCACUGUGGGAACAUAGCACCUCCCACCAUCAUCUCCUCGGGCCCCUCUCUCUACAUCAAGUUCACCUCCGACUACGCGCGGCAAGGGGCCGGCUUCUCCCUGCGCUACGAGAUCUACAAGACAGGCUCCGAGGACUGCUCCAGAAACUUCACUGCCUCCAACGGCACUAUUGAGUCUCCAGGUUUCCCUGACAAGUAUCCCCACAACCUGGACUGCAUCUUCACCAUCAUUGCCAAACCAAAGACAGAAAUCCUCCUCCACUUUCUGCUCUUCGACCUUGAGCACGACCCACUGCAGGCAGGAGAAGGAGACUGCAAGUAUGACUGGCUGGACAUCUGGGACGGCAUCCCUCAGGUUGGCCCCUUGAUAGGCAGAUACUGUGGCACCAAGAUGCCUUCAGACAUCCGCUCGACCACCGGCGUCCUCUCGCUCACCUUCCACACGGACCUGGCCGUGGCUAAAGAUGGUUUCUCUGCCAAGUACUACUUGAUCCAGCAGGAAGUCCCAGAAAACUUCCAGUGCAACGUGCCCCUGGGGAUGGAGUCUGGCAGGAUCUCCAACAUGCAGAUCAGUGCCUCCUCAACCUACUCGGACGGGCGAUGGACCCCUCAGCAGAGCCGGCUCAACAGCGACGACAACGGCUGGACCCCCAACGUGGACAGCAACAAGGAGUACCUCCAGGUGGACCUCCACUUCCUGACUGUUCUCACAGCCAUUGCCACCCAGGGUGCCAUCUCCAGAGAAACCCAGAAUGGGUACUACGUCCGUACCUACAAGCUGGAGGUCAGCACCAACGGGGAGGACUGGAUGAUGUACCGACACGGGAAAAACCACAAGACGUUUCAGGCCAACGAGGACGCCACGGAGGUGGUUCUCAACAAGAUCCACAGCCCGCUGCUCACGCGGUUCGUGCGCAUCCGUCCCCAGAGCUGGCACAACGGCAUCGCCCUGAGGCUGGAGCUCUACGGCUGCCGCAUCACCGAUUCACCCUGCUCCAGCCUGCUGGGGAUGCUCUCCGGCCUCAUCCCCGACCCGCAGAUCUCGGCCUCUUCCGUCAGAGGCUACGACUGGUCCCCCAGCAUGGCCCGGCUGGGGGGACGCACCCCCCGCCUGCCCCAGGCCCAGCCCGGGGAGGAGUGGCUGCAGGUGGACCUCGGCGUCCCGAAGAACGUCAGGGGCAUCAUCAUCCAGGGGGCUCGAGGAGGGGACAGCGUGACCACCGCCGAGUCCCGCUCCUUUGUGAAGAAGUUCAAGGUGGCCUACAGCAUGAAUGGAAAGGACUGGGACUUCAUCCAGGACCCCAAAACGAUGCAAGCCAAGCUUUUUGAAGGCAACAUCCACUACGACAUCCCCGAGGUGCGGCGGUUUGACCCCGUUCCUGCCCAGUACGUCCGAGUGCACCCCGAGAGGUGGUCCCCAGCAGGGAUAGGAAUGCGCCUGGAGGUGCUGGGCUGCGACUGGACAGAUGUGAAGCCCACUGCAGAGACACUGGUGCCCACUCUGAAGAGUGAAGAGACCACCACCCCAUACCCAACUGAUGAAGAGGCAACCGAGUGUGGCGAGAGCUGUGGAGAAGAGGAGGAUUUCCACCUCCCUGUGAACUUCAACUGCAACUUUGAUCUCCCUGAAGGCCUGUGUGGUUGGUCACAUGAUUUGGAAACGGGUUCCACGUGGUCUUUUCAGCCUACAAGCACCUGGAUUGGCGACUCUGAACCGAGCCCUGAGACUGUGCCUGCUGCCAGGAGUCACCUGCAGCUGCGCAGCAGCGGGAGGAGGGGAGCCCAGCGAGCCCGGCUCCUCAGCCCCACCAUCCACCUGCCCCACAGCGCCGUCUGCAUGGUGUUCCAGUACCAGGCGUGGGGCAGCAGCGGGGUGAUGCUGCGGGUCUGGCGGGAGGCCAGCCAGGAGCACAAGGCGCUGUGGGUCAUCGCCCAGGACCAAGGGGAGGAGUGGAGGGAAGGCCGCAUCAUCCUGCCCAGCUACGACAUGGAGUACAGGAUCGUGUUUGAGGGGUUCAUCCGCAGCGGGCACUCGGGAGAGCUGGCCCUGGAUGACAUCCACCUGGGCAUGGACAUCCCCCUGGAGAACUGCAUGGAACCCAUCACAGCUUUCCCAGGUGAGAACAACUUUCCAG